UCCUAAAGUUCUUGGUUACUGUAGAUUCUAGAAAUCAGAAAUUUUAGCUUUUAAUACGGGAACCACAACUGCAAUCAGUAACUUUGACAAAGGUUAGCGGUGCUUCUACUGUGUGGAGACCAAAAGAGGUGUGUUCAUUAACGCAGGAGUGUUUGCAUGCAUGCUGAUCUCAUUGCAGCUGCACACAAACAGGCCCGGUCUAGAUGUGCAUGAAGGCAGGGCCCUGGGGCUGCAGGAAAAUAUAACAGAUUUAUUCCUCUGUAAUCAUUACUGCUAAUACAACACCUGACACAAGUCCUCUCAUCACCGCAAUGGCCGAAAUGAAUGGGACACAGUUGAAUGCAGUGAACCAGCUUUUAGCCAACCACAACGCCUCCAGCAGCUCCUGGCAGAAGGAGGCAGUGAGAGGAAUCCAAAUAGUAGCUACUCUGCUCAUCUUCCUGGUGGGUGUAUCUCUGAAUGGGCUGGUGGUUUGGGCACUUGGACUGCGGCGUAAUCGUCACGUGGGGCGCAGAGGUAGCAGUGAGGAGACGCGAGCUGCCAGCAGUUUCCGUAUCUAUGUCCUGAACCUGGCCGUGGCUGACCUGGUGCUGCUCCUGCGUACUCCCCUCAUGUUGGGCUACGUCGCUAACAACUACAGCUGGCCAUUCGGCCGUGUCUUCUGCCACGUGAUCAUCUUCCUGCGAGGCCUGGGGUUAUACGCCUCCGCUUUCCUUCUCUGUGCCGUGGCACUGGAGCGAUGCUUGUGUCUGCUGAGGCCCGUGUGGGCUCGACUGCGACGCCCCGCCUGGGCUGUUCCUCUGGCCUGUGGGAUCUUAUGGCUGAUAGCCACCAUCUUGUCGGCCCCGUACCUCCACUAUGCCUUCCUGAGUGACAUAAACGGGACAUACCAUUGCGUGGAGAGUGGGGAGUCUAACAUGCCGCUGUUUGUCACAGAAACAAUAGUUGGUUUCAUCUUGCCCCUGCUGGUGUUCUUGGGAAGCAACCUGGCUGUAUUGCUCACCGUUCAGAAAGCAGUGCCCUUAACACCGACCUCCUCCACCAACCCUUCAACUGCCCGCAGGAUGACCAGGAUGUACCACAUGCUGUUUUUCACCAUGCUCCUCUUCCUCACCUGCUGGGUGCCAUAUUUUGUUUGUCGGUUCCUUCUGACCUUAGCCAAGGGACCGCCUAAACGGGAGUCGCUGUAUAACGCAGCAUUUUAUGGCAAAUACGUAUCUCUGUUCCUGGUGUACAUCAAGUGUGCUCUUAACCCGGUGCUGUAUGUGUUUGCUGCCCGAGGCUUAGGCCGUGCUAUCAGAAUGUCAGUAGUCUCCACGAUUGAAAGACUUUUCAACGAUGAAUCCAUGGAUUCCAUCAGAAGGAAGUCACUCAAGAACUCACUUAAGAACUCACAGAUGUAACAAAGAGGUCAACAAUGUUUUUAGAUUUCGAGUAGUUUUUAUAUUUGACUGGUUGGUUUCUCCAUUUGCGCAAUUUGCUCACACCCCCCAAAAUAGUUACCUGUCUAAAUAAAUCAAAGACGAGUUUGAGUUACUGUAAAGCAAAGCACGUGCUUUAGGCCAUCGUUUUAAAAAUGAGUCCAAAAGCCACAGCAAAUGGAGAAAUAACUGAAUGUCAUUAAUGUUACAUUCCCUAAAUGUAGAGAUGUAAUCCUGUUGACAGACAAAAACUGAACCAGGCCAUGUAUUUCUACUCUCAGGUAAGGACAAGAAGAUAUUUGGAUGUAAGCGUCAUCAGUAAAAGUACAUGACUGAAGACUUCAGAAAUGCAGCUUCUGUUGCGACACGCUGAAGGCAGGGUCAUAAUUGGGCAUAAAAAUGAAUUCAUGAAUCAUCUUGUCCGUUGGUUCAUGGGCAGGGAACACCUUCAUUGUAAAUAACAAGCCAAAGUGAACACAUAAUCAUUUCAGUGCCAGUUUCCUGGCCCCGGGGUAAACCUAAUAUGUCAUGUGGACUCCAAGAUAACGCACCGUAAAGCUUGCAUGUACUAUAUCUCUACUAUGGUCCAAGGAAUGUGAUACUGAAUGUAUUUUAUCAGUGAGUCAGAUCCAUCAAUCUGCUGAACUCAUGCUCAAGAUGUCCAGAAUAAAACAGGUCGUAGUCUAUGCAUCUGGUACUGGUUGUACCUAACAAACCAAUGAAUGUACGUACUAUAAGGCUAUAGACUCUUAGAGGACUGAAGCACAACAUGCUGAGCAGAAUGUAAAUAAUAUUGCAAGGUCAUUAUCUCAUUGUGAAUGUAUGUACUGACUGGACUUCAUUUAUGCACAGGUAGCUUUAUUAUUGUUUGUUGUUUAUAAAAGCACAUCUAUUCUGUCAUUAAUGGUAGCACUUUACAUUUAUUUUCUUUCUAAAAACAUGAAUAAUAAAAAAAAAUAAAAAAUCUUUAAA